AUUAUUAUUAUAAACCAAUCUUCAUCAUUUUUCUCCUUUUCCUGCCCUUUCUCUCACUCUCUCUCUAUCUCUUCCUCUGUUUUUCUCCAUUAAAACCAAAAAUGGUGAAUGAUUUCAUGGUCUGUGUGGAUCGCAUCAUUGCUUCAGCUUGUUUGCAUUCUGUUUCUGGGAUUAAUCUUGAUCACGACAAGAAUAUUCUUACAGAAAAACAAGAUAUUUUGAGUACUAAUAAUAAUAAUAAUAAUAAUAAUAAUUAUAAUAAUAAUAAUAAUAACUUUAUUACUCCUUCUUCUUCUUCUUCUUCUUUGUUGGGUCAUAAAGAGAUGAAAGAGUGUAGGAUUUGUCAAGAAGAAGAUGAUGAUAACUCCUUGGAAUCUCCUUGUGCUUGUAAUGGCACUUUAAAGUUUGCUCAUAGAAAGUGCAUUCAGAAAUGGUGCAACAAAAAGGGGGAUAUCACCUGUGAGAUUUGUAAUCAGGUGUUUACACCGAACUAUUCACUCCCACCAAGAUCCGAGCCAGACGUUACAGCAGUUGAUAUCAGUCAAGCUUGGACUCAUCAUUUCGAUAUCCAUGAUCAUCAUCUUUUAGCGCUAGCUGCUGCUGAGCGUCAAUUACUCGAAUCAGAGUACGACGACUAUGCUGUUGCAAACGAUGGCAAUGUCACAUAUCUACGAUCAAUAGCUGUUGUUUUGAUGUUCAUCUUGCUAAUCCAUCAAGUACUGAUGAUUACAAGAGAUUUCGGGCUGAUGCAGGGGUAUAUGACAUUUUUCCAUUUUGAAGUUUCGUUUCUUCAACUUGCUGGUCUUCUUCUCCCAUGCUAUGUUCUGGGCCGUUCAUGGUAUAUUCUGUAUACUAGGAGGAGGCGACAGGGUUGAAAUAUCAAGAUAGUCGAGAUCAACCCAUUAUCAUUUGAAUCGAGAUAAUUUUACUCCGAUGAAGCUAGAGGUACUCCGCUAGCUACAUAUGAUUAAGCGACAUUUAGAUUUCGGAACCAAGUUCUUGGCUUGCAAGCUUGCUUCUAAAUAUGUUAUUAGUUUAUCAAUCUUUGAUGAUUUAGGGUGAGGGCACUCGAACGAAUUGUAAAUGUAAAACUCGAGUGCGUUAGGCUAUUAAAGCUCUAGCCUACGACAUGCUCUCGCUCUAAACUUUUCAAUCUUUUUCGGACAUCAUUAAAUUAUGUCCGGUUUUCUUUGUAAAUGUUGCGAAAAAUGUGAAAAAUUGGAAAGCUUAAUGAAAAAUUGAAAUUGCCUUUGGUAG